AUGGCUUAUCCCCCUCGACACCAAUUCAAUCCUCAUGCAGCAUCGAAUGGUCCAGAUCUGCCCGAAGUCAUACCGGCUAAUCCUGCCUGGGGAUACGAUAACAAUAUUCAUACAGACAUCGAAGUUUCGAAUGUCUUCAUCGACACCUUCGACAAUAAUGUCCACCCUGACGUACCCCGUCUGCAGGUCGGGGACUUCGGCCGCACUGCGCGCCUCUGGCAGUUUGGGAUUCCAAAUUUCCCGGGUCAUAAUUUUGCAAGAUUGCUCUGGUCCAGGAGGACUGGCGGUAAGAGGGGCUGGUAUUUGCCUGAACAGUUCACAGCUGAGUGGGACCACGUCAACUACGAGCCUUAUUCGGAGGGUAUCACCAACUUGGCUACCGGCGCGGGCACUGUAGGAGCAUACUCAGAAAGGAGCAAUAUCUUCCAGGUUGGCAUGAGCAUCGCCGGUGCCGCGAACAGGGGCCCAGAUGGGCGCGCAAGGGUGGACGUAUCGGGCAUUGCUGCCAAUCCAGUCACAAAUGAUGACAAGCGCUGGAUCACGGCAAGUUUACACGAACCGCCGCCGCCGCCGCCGCAAAUCCCAAACCCUUGGCCGACUCUCCCAGUCCCUCCUACUCAGGCGGUUGGCGCAGCUGUCAACCUCCAAUUUUGA